AUGGCCGCAGAGAAUGGCACCCAGCGCAGUAGCUUGAAAGAAUUCCUAGCAGUAUGUGCUGCUGUUAGCGAAACGGCGGGGCAAAGUCUGACUUCAGCGACAGUCAAUAGCAACGAUCAAAGGGGACCUCAGCAACAUCACUGCACCACCUUUUGUUCUUGCAGACAAAUCCACGACGGAAUUCCCUAGGUACUGGAUCGAGCAUCCGGAUCUGUUCUGUGCUCCAGCACACGAGAAGGAUCCGGCCCGACGAAUGCUCGCAGUCCUCAAGUGGUUUCUGUCAAGCCUAAAAGAUCAGCAGUAUGCAGGUCGGAAUCCAAAGGACGGUAUCAAGAAGCCCUUGAACGCUGUGCUAGGCGAGGUCUUCAUCGGAGAUUGCGGCCCGGCAGAAGAUGUGACGAAAAUGGUCGCUGAGCAAGUUAGCCAUCACCCUCCAGUCACGGCCUGUUAUCUGUGGAACGACCAGCAUGGUGUGCGCGCUGAAGGGUAUACUCGCCAAGUACGUUGAUGGGCGCUUAGAGCGAUUCGGAGUAGUCGUCGGCUCGUGCUUUGAUAAGCUAAUGCUCGUGCAUAGGAGAUCACGUUCUCGGGCACCGUGAACAUCCAACAGACUGGACACGCAACUCUGCACCUCGACGAGUUCGACGAGGACUAUCUCAUUCCCCUGCCCAACGUGAAAGUUCAAGGAAUCUUGUCUGGGUCGCCCUACCCGGAGCUAGUAGGGUCGCAUUCCAUCGUCUCUUCCUCUGGGUACAUAGCCGACGUGGACUUCAGCGGGAAGAAGCUGCUGGGAAUGUCGGGAAAGAAGAACCACCUGGAAGCCAAGAUAUUCAAGCUUACAAACAAGAAGCGCUCCGGACCCAUCUUUACCGCCGAGGGCAGCUGGUCUGAUCGCUUCGAGUUCAAAGAUAGCGCGGAGAACGUGAUAGACUCCUACGAUGUGGCUUCCGCGCAAUCUGCGGGUUUCCGGGUGGCUCCAAUCGAGGAACAGGACCCGUGGGAAUCGCGCAAGGCCUGGGGUGGUGUUAUCAGAUCAAUCCAAGCCGGAGACAUGCAGGGCGUGGCGGACAACAAGUCUAAGCUGGAGAAUGCUCAGCGUGAGCUGCGAAAGCAGGCCGAGACGAGUGAGGAGUCGUGGCGGCCUUUGUUCUUCAGGAAGGAGUCCCGCCAUGAUGCGGCGCAGAAACUGCUGAGCGAAGUGGGAGAGACGUUGGCAAUGGACCAGACCAAAGGCGUCUGGCGAUUUGACCGGGAAGCCGCAGCGACUCUCCAGAGACCGUGGAGAGGCAAACUGACGCCAUUCCGGUGA